AUGGCGGCUGCUCAAUGUGAAGUCUUCUCCACAACAUACAAUCCCGAUGGGGUACGGAUGGGCAACAAUAUCCUGCGACAACGAUUAAGAGGGCCAACGCUUGCCAAGUACUACCCCCCAAGAGGCCCGACAAUCAAUACGUUAGAGAAAACGUUUAAGCGUUGGAAUCUGGAGACUAUUAACGAGGAAGAAGAGGAUAGGUUGGAACACUUGGCAGGAGUGAGGUCGCGCGGAAAAGGUGCACCGAAGAAAAAGACUGGCCCCCCUGCUUCGAAGCACAAGUAG